AUGGCAUCUCAAGAAAAAACAUCCUAUACCACCCGUCCGCACGCCUUCCUUCUCACUCCGCAAGAUGCCGCCAGUCAGCUUUCCACCAACCUCGAGACAGGUCUUACAGCAAGUAAAGUCCAAUCAAUACAAGCUUCACAUCCACCCAAUGAGCUUGAUACCGGCGGUUCCAUCUCUUGGUAUAGAAUCCUCAUAAAACAAAUUUCCAACGCCAUGAUUCUCGUUCUGGUAUUCGCUAUGGCGCUUAGUUUUGGCGUAGGCGAUUACAUUGAAGGAGGAGUUUUGGUUGCCGUCAUUGUACUAAAUGUUAUGAUUGGUUUCUUUCAAGAGUUCAGUGCAGAGAAGAAAAUGGAUUCCCUUAGAGCUCUUUCUUCGCCAUCGGCUUCGGUACUGCGAGAUGGAUCUGUCAUUGUGGUUCCCAGUGCGGAAGUUGUCCCUGGUGAUAUCGUACUUUUGAAAACGGGCGAUACGGUACCAGCCGAUUUGCGCAUUUUCGAAGCUAUGAAUUUGACCUGUGAAGAGAAGAGUUUGACGGGAGAAUCUGAGCCAGUUGAGAAGAUCACCUCGAAUGAGAUCUGUGUGCCUGGUACUGAAGAGAGAGCGACAACAGAAGAGCAAGUUGGCAUUGCGGAUCGUAACAACAUGGCAUAUUCUACCACGACGGUUAUCAAAGGCCGCGGAAGAGGAAUUGUUGUAUUUACAGGCAUGCAAACUGAGGUUGGAAAGAUCGCGGCUUCGACGACGAAGAAGCAACGCAAGGAGGGCAGAUCGAUGAAUUAUAAGAAAUAUGGAAAAGCGCAGCCGGUUAAGGGAGCUGCUAGACGUACUUACGAUUUUGUUGGAAAGUUCUUGGGACUUACUGAAGGUACUCCUUUGCAGAGAAAGCUGAGUAAGGUUGCGUAUAUCCUUUUUGGAUGCGCAAUUCUACUGGCAAUUGUAGUGUUUGGUGUAAAUCGAUUCAUCGUCACAGAUGAGGUGGCUAUUUAUGCUAUCUCAACUGGUAUUGCUAUUAUUCCUGAAUCUUUGAUCGCAGUAUUGACAAUCACAAUGGUUGUUGGCAUGACCGUUAUGCGUAAAGCUAAUGUCGUCGUCCGAGAUCUAUCAGCACUCGAAGCACUUGGUGGAGUUACAAAUAUUUGCUCCGACAAAACCGGUACACUUACCCAAGGAGCCAUGAUCGUUAAGAAAGUAUGGAUUCCUAAAAUUGGAAUCUAUACAGUGAAUCAUUCUAUGGAUCCCAACAAUCCUACCGAGGGUACUGUUACCAAGGCACCACUCAAGUCCGAAGGUAUGCAGACACCAGAUUCUCCCAGCGAGACUGCAAAAAUAGAUUUCGAUACUCAGCGCAGUGCUGCUGCUCUGAAAUUUGACAUUCCAGCCGAGAAAGCGGUUAGAGAUGAAAGAAAGAACCCAUCGUCAGAACAAGAGGAAGAGCCAGCCGAGAUUGUACCAGAACUAGAGAGUUUUCUUCAGUCGGCUGCACUUUGUAAUCUUGCUACCGUUAAACAUGAAGUGGUAGAAGGCGAGACGACUAAAAAGUGGCAGACGACCGGCGAGCCAACAGAAAUCGCUCUGCAGGUAUUCACUCAUCGAUUUGAAUCUGGAAAAAGAGUUUUCGAAAGUAAAGGAUGGAAACAAACCGCCGAGUUUCCAUUUGAUAGUAGCAUCAAGCGAAUGUCCGUUAUCUAUCAACGACCAGAUGGAGAGCAUAUAGUCUUCACCAAAGGAGCUGUCGAGAGAGUUUUGGAUCUCUGCUCUUCUGUUGGAAGUGGAAAUACUAAAGAGACAAUGACGGACGAGCUAAAGGAAUCGAUAAAUCGACAGAUGAACAGAUUUGCCGAACAGGGCCAGCGAGUCCUUGCAGUAGCCGCCAAACCUUGGACCACUGCUGCUUCACAAGACAAGAAUUUAAAUGAUGAGAGUCUACGAGGUGAAGUGGAACAAGAUCUUACACUUCUUGGCCUAGUUGGAAUCUACGAUCCACCUCGCGAUGAGACAAAAGAUGCUAUUAGGGAGUGUACUCAAGCCGGUAUCAAAGUUCACAUGCUCACUGGAGAUCAUCCCUCUACUGCGAAAGCCAUCGCCCAGGAAAUCGGUAUCAUCCCGAGAAAUCUUGGACAGCUAUCUGCUGGAGUUUCUGCAUCUGUCGUUAUGAAGGCUACGGAUUUUGAUCACCUCACGAAUGCAGAAAUCGACGCACUUCCAACUCUCCCUCUGGUACUCGCUCGUUGCGCCCCGGAUACGAAAACGCGUAUGAUCCAUGCGCUGAGAAGAAGAGGAUUGUACAUGGCCAUGACAGGUGAUGGAGUAAACGACGCGCCUAGUCUUUCCGAAGCAGACGUCGGUAUCGCCAUGGGUAUCGCCGGCUCCGACGUUGCCAAAUCCGCAGCCAAGAUGGUACUUCUCGAUGAUAAAUUCAAUAGUAUCGUAUCAGCUAUUCGUGAGGGACGUCGCAUGUUUGACAAUAUCCAGAGAUUCGUACUCCAUCUCCUUUCGUCCAAUGUGGGAGAAGUGAUAUUGUUGAUUGCCGGUCUCGGGUUCCAAGACGUCAACAGACAAUCUGUAUUCCCACUGAGUCCAUUGCAGAUUCUUUGGAUUAAUAUGCUUACAUCCAGUUUCCCCGCUUUUGGCUUGGGAAAAGAAAAAGCAAGUUCGACCGUGAUGAGACGCCCCCCUCACGAUAAUAAGCGAGGUGUGUUCACCACACAAAUUCUCGUCGAUAUGGUUGUCUAUGGUAUCCUCAUGGGAGCCUGCACACUUCUCACAUUCGUCAUCAUCAUCUACGGCGUCAACGACGGAAAUCUAGGCCGUGAUUGCAACCGCAGCUAUGGACCAGCCUGUGGUCCCGUCUUCCGGGCUCGCGCCGCCGUCUUCGCAGAGCUCACUUGGUUAAUCCUCAUCUCGGCUUGGGAAUUCAAAUCCAUCCGUCGCAGCAUGUUUCGUCUGGACGCCACUUCGGAAAGCUCAUUCCCGUUCUUCAAAGACGUGUAUGAGAAUCGUUUCUUGUUCUGGGCGGUGGUCAUCGGUGCUUUGUCUGUCUUCCCCGCAGUCUACAUUCCGGGUUUGAAUACUUCGGUCUUCAAACACGUGGGUAUUACGUGGGAAUGGUCAUUAGCCUUCGGUGCCGUUUUCGUAUUCGUUCUAGGUAUCGAAGCGUGGAAGGCGACGAAGCGAUAUUUCGGAUUGUUCGAGCAGCUCGAUGAGGAAGAGGCUGAACGGGAUCGCAAAUUGGGAUUGCGACAGGGCUUCUUCACAUUUGCGAAGUCGACGACUUCGAUCGGCAGAUCUUCGAUGGAUCAAUAUUCUGUCAAGGAGAAGAUUGCGGGAAUGGGUAGUCUGGGUUCGGCGCUGACGACGAGAUCGAUGCUUCAAAAGGAAUCCAGGGCGGGAACGGGUUUAAGUGGUGAUUCAGCGGUUUAG